AUGGUCGGAACACGCAAACGCAGAGCUGAGGAGAGCGAAGAGGAGGAGCUCCAAUCGCUUCCUGAGGACAGCGAAGAGGAAGAAGAAUACGACUCUUCCGAGGCAGAGGGCGAGGGCGAUGACGACGAUGAUGAGGAGGAAAUUGCUGCUAAGCCUGCCCCCUCAGCUUCCAAAAAGCGCAAGACGACCAAAGACGCCGAAGCCGCCGCCGCCGACGAAGAGGACGACGAAGAUGACGAAGAAGGCCCCGGCGAAGAAGACGACGAAGAAGUCGAUCCCGCCGAACUCGACGACGAAGAAGAAGCCGCCGACCCUGACGACGAAGACGCAAACGAAGAUGCAGAUGACACUGCCGAGAAGAGCGGUCCUGCUGCUGCGGCCAAGAAGGCCAAAGAGAGAACUGUUCCUGGUGGUCAGGAUAAGGCUGAGGUGGGCGAUAUUGAGAAUGCCGACAAGAAAGAUGGGGGUUUGUAA